AUGCCCGUCCAGAACUUCUCAGAUUUCGAGCAGCGAGCCCAAGACCCCUCACACAAAGCCACUGGUACAGCCGAAGAACAGAAGCACCCGCAAAAGAGCGACAGUGAGCAACAUGUAGGGCGCAACCCGCACCCUGAUUUCAGCAAAGUCCAAGCUUCGCGCCCGGACUGGAACGAAGACUCCAAAUUCCACUUCACCAAGACCCGAAAUCCGACGUGGUCCCUCGGCGACGGCGCCAACGACAAUGGGGAGAGCCUACAGCAUAAGCAUGUCGAGAUCGACCCCUAUGAGGAAGGUCGUCCCGCCGUCUUCAACUACAAGCUCCUCAUCAGCGGCAUCAUUCCCCGCCCAAUUGGCUUCGUGUCCACGUGCAGCGCUGAUGGCACAUCCACAAACCUCGCCCCUUUCUCCUACACCCAAGUAAUCAAUCACGACCCGCCGCUCUUCAUCAUCGGUUUCGCCGGCGGCUUCUCCAACGCCAAAGACACCCUCCGCAACCUUUCCUCCCAGAAAGAGUGCACCAUCAACAUCAUCAGCGAGCACUAUAUCGAAGCUGCGAACGCGUGCUCGAUCGACUGUCCCUAUGGUGUGAGCGAAUGGUCGCUCUCCGGCCUCACACCCGCUCCGUCCGCUAUCGUGAAACCGAGUAGGGUGAAGGAGGCCGUUUUCACUGUGGAGGCGACGUUGGUGUCGACGCAGGAAUUCGAGAGUAAGGCGACGAAGGGGAAGAAGACGGGGGUAUUGGCUAUUGUGGAGGGCGUGCGGUUUUGGGUCAGGGAGGAUGCGACGAAUGAGGAGAGGAAUUUGAUUGAUCCGGGGGUGUUGAGGCCGAUGAGUCGAUUGGGAGGGAUUAUGUAUGGGAGAACUGUGGAGGGGGUGGAGAUUCCGAGGCCUGUCUUUAAGGAGAAGGAGAAAGCGGGCGAGACGGGUGGAUUGGUGAAGGGAAAAGCCGAAGGGCAGUGA